AUUUCAUAAUCGAAUCUUCUGGAAGACAGAUAAAAUUGAUAUCGAAAGACGCUUCAGGAGAAAUAGCAAUGAGUCAAACACGUACUCAUGAGCAAGUACUUGCAAAAGAACCCUGGUACCAUGGCUUAUUGCCACGUGAGGAUAUGAAACAGUUGCUCACUCAACGAGGCGAUUUUCUAGUUCGAUUUACUGAUCCAAAAGUGGGAGAGCCAAGGAAAUUUGUUCUCUCUGUCUAUGUUGGAGUAAUUGAGGACAUUCGUCAUUAUGUAAUUCGAGAGCACAAUAACAAGUUUGCAGUUGAUAAAAAAUGGUUUUCUAGUAUCGCAGAUCUUCUCAAUUACUAUCAUCGUUCUAAAGAACCUGUUGCUGGGGGCCCAGAAACUGUAAUCAUCCGUCCAAUUGGUCGUGAACCGUGGGAAAAGCAACAUUCUGACGUGACAUUAAUCAAGAAAUUAGGAGAAGGAGCAUUUGGAGAGGUUCAAUUGGGAGAAAUUCGCAUAGGAAAUACCGUCAAAAAAGCUGCAAUCAAGCUGGCAAAGUUGGAAUCUUUGACAAAAGAGCAGAUCAAAGAAAUCAUGCACGAAGCCAGAUUGAUGAGAAAGUUCAAACAUCCGAAUGUCGUCACUUUUUAUGGUGUGGCUGCAGGACAGGAACCUUUGAUGGUCAUAAUGGAGUUGGCUGACAAUGGAGCUUUGGAUUCAUAUCUAAAGAAGAACAUUGGUUCAUUGCCAAUUUCCAAGAAACAUACGAUGGUUCUUCAAGCUGGUCUUGGUCUUGAAUAUCUUCAUUCACUUCAAAUAAUUCAUCGCGAUAUUGCGUCCAGAAAUUGUCUCUACGGGAAUGGACAAGUAAAGAUAUCCGACUUUGGACUGUCACGAGAAGGCUAUAGCUAUCGGAUGAAUCCUCACAAAAAAGUUCCUAUUAGAUGGUUGGCUCCAGAAGUUCCAAGAACUGGGUUCUAUACUCCAAAGACUGAUGUUUUCGCUUAUGGAGUCAUGUGUUGGGAAGUGUACCAUGAUGGAAUCGAACCUUAUCCGGGAAUGAAAGUUGCUGAGGUUUUACCACGUGUUCAGAACGGAUACCGAAUGCCAUUUGAAGCUAACGUCCCACCAGCCAUUGUCAGAUUCAUUACGUAUAGAAUCUGUGCUGGUGCCGAAGAGGAAAGGGUCACAAUGAGUGAAGCAGUUCGUGAACUUUUAACUCUCGAAGGAUUUGAUCAAGCUCCAGGAUCCAACAGCUACUUUGAACUUCCCGAUCAUAUUCCAAUGGAGAAUAUUGAGCAACCAAAAAAGAUUCAAGUCUCGAACAUUCUUCCGUAUAUGUCCAAACCAGUUGCUCCACCUUUUGAACCUGAACGCCAGGAAAAAACACAAGAAAUGAGAAAAUCGAUGAGCAAUUCGGCGGAAGAAGGAGUAAAGAAGAAUCGGCGUCCAGUUCGAACUCGCAUACGCAAUGGUAACUCUCCAAGUCCCGGUUUCAAAAGUCAGAGCAGAUCAGCGGCGGAAAAUCAGAAUAAAUCAAACCUGAAAGCUGUUCAGAAAAAGAAGAACAAUAAGCAGUCAUCCUCUAUUUCCGGUGAUGCUCCUUCAACCUUUUCAGUUCUUGGUGUCUUUGGAAAAAAGAAGAAUACUGCUGAUAGAAGUGAUCUGAAAAAGCUUGAAGAGUUCUGAAAAUGCGUUAUAAAAGUUAUGCUCUUUA